AUGCCUCAGAUAACAGCCAUUACCAAUAUUUCAAUGACGGCUUUCGAAGAUAUUUCAGCAACAACGUCAUCAAGAAAUGAAGCAUCAUAUAACCUAGUGGAACAAGAUUUAAAUGCCUUUCAAGAAACAUAUUCUAUAAAUAAUGUUGUCGUAGACUUACGUGAAUUUCAAUCUCUUCUUUCAAAAAUUGAAGAUUUGAUUAAACAAACACAUAUACCAGAUUUUCCAGAAGAAGCAUUUGUUAUUGAAACACAUUCAUUAUGUUUAUCAUUGAAGAAUUUAUCAACAGCAGUGGAAUAUAAUUGUUUCAAGUUGAUGUCAAACAUUAAAUCAAAUCGAGGUAAUGUAAUUAACAAAGAGAAGGCUCAGUUUAUCAGUAGAGACCCAUAUGACAAUAAAAAAUAUAACGAUGAUGAAUUGCGUUAUCUUGUUACUUAUGGUCCUAAUCAUGAAAUCCUUUCAUCAUAUCCUCAAAAUCUUGACUUGAAAAGAAAGAAAAAGCAAUCUUCAUUCAAUUCUAGCUGGUAUAAUGACUUUCCUUAUUUGGAAUAUAGUAUUAAAAAUGAUUCUGUUUUCUGUUUUUGUUGUCGAUUAUUUGGUGUUGGUCCUGGUGGCGAACAUGCUCAAGAUGCGUGGUCAUCUAAAGGUGUAUCAUCUUGGUCAAAGAUGACAGGUUCAAAUGGAAAAUUGGUCAAACACUUUAAAUCUACAGCACAUGUCAGCGCGGAAAACCGAUUAUUAAAUUUUUCUCAAAAAAAAACGAAUGUUGAUUUAACGAUAGAUGCUCGUCGAAGAGAGGCUGAUCAAAAACGUGAACAACUAUUGAAAUUGAAUGAAAAAAUUAUCAUUUCGUUAAUUGAUGUUGCCAGAUUUCUUAGCCGGCAAUCAUUAUCAUUCCAAGGAGACGAGAAUUCCGAAGGCAACUUUGUUGCCAUUAUUGACCUCCUUCGUCGUCGUGAUCCAGUACUCGAUCAGUGGUUCAAAGACGCAAGUUUACGACCAUAUCGUGUCAAUUAUCUGCAUCAUGAUUCACAAAAUGAAUUUAUUGACUUAUUAGGUAAUGCAGUUCCUAAAUCAAUUAUAGAAGAUAUUAAUGAAGCUGAAUUUAUUUCUAUUACAACUGAUUCUACUACUGAUAUCUCACACAAAGAAAUCUAUACAAUUAUUAUCAGAUUUUCUAAAAAUUUUAUUGUACAGGAACGCAUUAUAUCUCUUACAGAAUUAAAUUCUAAGGUAGGUGAAGAUAUAUGUAAGUAUUUACUAGAUGAAUUAAAGAAGUGUGGUAUUUCAACUGACAAAAUAAUUGCUCAAUCUUACGAUAAUGCUCCUAAUAUGUCGGACAAGAAUAUAGGAGUACAGGCUUGUUUAAGCCAGCAUUUAGGUCGCAAAAUUACAUUUAUUCCAUGUGGAGUUCAUUCAACGAAUUUGGUUAUCAAGCAUGGAAGUAAUAUUAGUAUUGAAUAUGUAAAUUGUUUUGGUAUUUUACAAGAAUUAUAUAAUUUCUUCAAUAUCAGUGCCAAAAGACAUUCAUUAUUAUGUGAAAGUUUAAGUAAAACAGAAUUUGGACUAUUGGUCAAAGAUUUGUCCAGAACACGCUGGUCUGACCGAUAUGAAGCUAUUCGAGCUGUUUUUACUUCAUAUCAACAAAUCAUUAAUACUCUUCAGAAAAUAUCUGAAACAGAUUCUGAAAAAACUACAAAACAAACAGCAGAAAAUCUAUUGAAUAAACUAUGUUCUUUUUCAUUUUAUAUUGUAUUGAUAUUUUUGAAAAAUUUAAUGGCAAUGACAAAUGCUUUAGUUGUGCAUUUACAAAAGAUUGAGCUGGACGUAUUGACGGCUAUUGAUACUAUUCAAGAUACGAUCAAUGUUUUGGAAAAAAUGUAUCAAGAAAAUACACAUCUUGAAUCUAUGGUUGAAGUAGCUCGUAAAGAUCUUGAAAAAUUAAAUAUUCGAGUUGAUUUGAAUAAAGAUUUAUUACGUCUUCAACGUCGUAAGAAAGAUUUAAAAUCAUUAGAACAAUAUUAUUGUAUAAUCUUUCGAAAAAUUAUCGAAUCUAUCAAUGAUGAACUCAAAGAAUAUUUAUCAGUUUUAAAUUCGAAAAUUAAACAUUUUGUUCAUUUAUCUCCUAAAUGCAUUCACUUAUUCUCGAAAGAGGAAGCGAAACAAUUGCAAUUGAUUGUUCCACGUAUUGAUGAUCAUGAACUAUUAUUUUCAGAAUUACAAUUAUUAAAAAUGAAAAUUGCUCAAUCGAAUUCAAUGAUGAAUGUAUGGGAGAUAAUUCGCGCCAGCACUGGUUAUCCACGAGCACAGAAGGUAUACAAUUAUUUGUUAACUCUUCCAGUAGCCAUCGCAACUAAUGAACGAUGCUUUCAUAAGCUAAAACUUAUAAAAACUUACCUUAGAUCGGCAAUGCAUAAUGAACGAUUAUUUCAAUUAAUGUUAUGUGCCAUCGAAAAAGAUAAACUCGAUGGACUUGAUUUACAUUGUUUGGCGAAACAGUGGACAAAGAUGAAGGACAGACGCAUCGUAAUUCCAUCUGAUAACUAA